AUGACUUUGGAAAUUAACGGACAACCCACAAAUAUUAAUAUAUCUGAUUAUUUUGAAGUCAGACAGACUCAGUAUGGUAGAGCCUGUUUUGCGAAGAAGGAUAUACCCAAAGGCGUUGAUGUCCUGGUCUCAAACACACCAUUUACACAUGUGAUCUUGCACGAAUUUAGAAAAGAAGUCUGCGCAAGUUGUUUCCAUUAUGAGUUUGGUAAAUAUUGCAAAGUGAAGAUUUCUUCAUUGCCAAAUAUGACGAAGAAGAACUUCAAAGGUGCUGGGUUAUGGUUUUGUUCUGAAAGCUGUAAAGAAACAUGGUUACAAUAUGAUAAUACUGGUGAAUUAACCGAAGCCUUUGAAACAUUCUUGGAGUAUUUUCAAAUGAAGGCAAAAACUCAAAUUGAAGAAACUGAUUACAGCCCCAAAAUCACACAGGAAUUUAUUGAAAACUAUUGGAAAGAUAUAAACGAAUGGGAUGAAAAAAUAACAAAAAUGAAAAAAUCUAAAACAUAUAGUAAGUUGCCAUUUUUGAAUGAAGAUGAAUACACUGGAGCACGAUUUAUCAUUCAUGCCUUAUUUGAUAUUUACAAGAAACAUGAGUCUUUACCACUAUUCAAUGAACUUCAAUCAAACGAGUUACAGAAAACCUCCAGAUUCCCAGUUCUUUUAAGAUCUCAAGGUUUGAUUUAUCAGUUUUUGAGGAUUGUUCUACCAGAUUAUUUGCAACCUUUUUUAACAACAGACUCUUUGAGAAUGAUCUUUGGCCGUGAAUACGGUAACUCAUUUGGUAUUUGGCAGCUGGUGGAUGAAGGUUCAAAUGAAAAUAAGGAAUUUUUGGGUUAUUGUUUAUUCCCAGAGGCAUCAUUCUUCAAUCACUCUUGUUCACCAAAUUUGAAAAAAUUUAGAAAGGGGAAUAGGAUGAUAUUUCAAACAACAAAGGAUGUCGAGACAGGUCAACAGAUGUGCAUAGAUUAUUUCCAUAUCCUUGAUGAACCUCUCUUGGUUAGACAACAAACUUUGUCCAAGAAUUGGUUCUUUGACUGUGCCUGUGAUAGAUGUUCCAAAGAACUCAAAACCGAGAAUUGUCAAGUAAAGCCUCCUCUAGAGCAGAUUUACUAA